GGCCGAGGAGCUGAUUGGCCCACAAUACGGCCUCCAGCCACCUGCUGCUGUCUGUCUGGGGCCACCCUCCCCGCGCUCCAUGCUGUCUACCAGGCCCAGCGUGGCGACUGUGGCUUGACUCUGGGCCUGCGGCUCUCAGCCGUCCCCAUGGCAACCAGGGCCUUGGAGGAGCUGGAUGGAGGCCUGGGCAGCUGCCAAAUGGAUGAGGACCUCUCUGCACUGGCUGACCCUUGUCCUGGCCGGCCCCGGGAGGACAGUGCGCAAGCGACAUCCAGGUUGGCUGACUCCAGCAGCCAGUCCCAUGAUUCUCAGGAGCGAGUGACUGAGGGCAGCCCCACAGGCAGUGUGGACACCAAGCCCAAGAAGACGGAAAAGGAGCCUGUGUCCAAAGUGACCUCAGGAACCGGAAAGGAGAGGCUGAAAGCAGGAGCAACCCCCCGGAGCCCCGCACGGAAGAAGGCGCAGACCGCACCGCCCCAGCAGCCGCCGCCGCCGCCGCCGCCCCCGGCCCUGAGCGAGGAGCUGCCCUGGGGAGACUUGACGCUCAACAAGUGCCUGGUGCUGGCCUCGCUCGUGGCGCUGCUGGGCUCCGCCUUCCAGCUGUGCCGCGAGACUGUGGCUGGGGAUGCAGAAGCCCCCGCACCUGUCCCUGAGUCGUGGGUCUCAUCAAGCUCGUCACCCAAGGGGCCAGCGUCACCCCUGCCAAAGCCUGAGGCCCGGGCCCCCCUAGUGAGGCAGCCUGAGCCCUCCUGGAAGGUAGAGGAAAGGGUCCAGAUUCCUAGGAGUGGAGAGGCUGCAGAGAAGGACGAAUGGGAGUCUGGAGAAGCUGCUGAUGAGGAGCAUGCGCCCCUCGCAGGCCGAGGGCCCAAGGAGAGGGUGAAGAAGGAGAAGCCUCCGAAGGAGAGGCCCUGGAAGGAGAAGCCACACAAGGAGGAGAGGCCAAGAAUGGAGAAGCCACGAAAAGAGAAGCCACGUGGUGCCAGGGAGCCCGGCAGAGCCCUACCGCGACGCUGGGAGGCCCGCGAGGGGGUCCAUCGACCUUGGGGGCGAGACUCCGGAGCCCCCGAGGAUAGGAAGAGGCAGGCCUGGGUCUCCCCGCGGCGCCCUGACAAGGAGGACCGGCCUCCAGGCCGCCAGAAGCGCCGUGCCGGCAAAGGCCGGGACUGAACGAGACUGGGGUCGUGCGCGUGAGUUUCUGAAUAUCUGCUCUAGGGCCCCGCGGUUCCAGCUAAAUAAAGCAAGUGCUGCGGCCCCC